AUGGCUAGUCCUCCUGUUCUAGCUUUCGACGCCGAGGGCCGUCCGGUCAAAUUCGAAACCUGGCUAGAUGACCUGCACCUUUUCCUACAGCUCACUGCCAAGGAAGAUAUUACACUGUACGACCACGCUCUCGGCCAUGCGACCGCCCCACCCGCUACUGCCCCCCCAGCUGAGCGCUCACAGUGGCAGACCCGUGACGCGCACGCUCGCUUUGCUAUUCGCAACUCCCUGCCGCUAGAUGAGCGCGAGCACUUCGGCCAGUGCAAGACUGCUAAGGACCUCUACACAGCUGUAGUGGCCCGCUACUCCUCACCCGCUUCUGCCACUCUAGGCCGCCUCACUCUCCCCUACCUGUUCCCCGACCUAGCCUCCUUUCACACUGUCGCAGACCUCAUCACCCACCUUAAGACUAGUGAGGCUCGCUUUCGCGCUGCCAUGCCUGACGAGUUCCUCGCUAGCAACCCCCCCCCGCUCUGGAUCACUCUCUACCACGUUGUCACCCGCCUCCCUGACUCUCUGCGCCCUGUCAGGGACCAGUUCCUCUCUCGCUCCCCCACUGAGCUCACCGUAGACCUCCUCGAGAAGGAACUGCUUGCAGCCGAGGCUAGUAUCGUCGCUGUAGGCACCUCUCGUGGCGACCCCCGCGGCCCCUUCUUUGAGGGGUGCUCCCCUUCCCCCCUCCUCCCCUCUGUCGCCUCUGCUGCUGCUGUCGACCUCCUUGGUGCUGAGAAGGUCGGGGCUGCGUCUGCUUCAGGCGGACGACGCAGGGGCAGGAGUGGCAGGAGUGGGGGUGGUGGCGGAGGAGGCGGAGGUGGAGGUGGUGGCGGUGGAGGUGCGACUGGAGAGGCUAGUGGCGGCAGUGGUGGAGGUGACAGCGGCGUUGGGAGUGGUGACAGGGGCGGAGGUGGCAGCGGAGGCGGAGGUGGUCGUGGCAGCGGCAGGGGUGGAGGUGGCCGGGGCGGAGGCGGAGGGGGUGGUGGUCGUGGAGGCCCGGGGGGCGGUCAGAGUCAGCAGCCUGCCCCGACCCUUCAGGCCGCUCGUGAGUGGUAUGCGCGGCGCAGCGUCACCUGCCAGUAUGUUAUUCGUACAGGUGACCGCACUGGCCAGACGUGUGGGGGGCCGCACCAGACGGAGCGCUGCUUCGCCCGCCUCAACGAUGCGUGGCGCACCCAGUUUCCUGGUGGGGGUGAGCUGCCGCGCUGGGCUGAGCUGCUCAGGAAGGGUGUUGAUAUUUGGGCACUAGACUUUGAUGCUAUUCUCACUGCCAUGUAUGCGAUGUCUAUUAGUGGAGAGGGUGCUCAGUACUUGCGUGUUCCGCCCGACCCGGGCAUUCAGGCCAGCCCCGCUGCUGCUCUAGGUGCUAGUGUGUCUGCUUCCACAGGUACUACUGCAGCUGCUGCUCUAGGUGCUUGUGCGUCUGUGCCCCCUGGUACUGAGUCGACUGCAGCACUGCACACCUUCACACUGGACUCAGGUGCUUCUCGCUCUUUCUUUCGUGACCGCACUGUCCUUGAGCCUCUAGCUCGGCCGGUUGCUGUCUCUCUUGCUGACCCCUCUGGGGGUCCGGUCCUUGCGACCUCCUCCACCACCCUUCCGUGUCCAGCGGUUCCGUCCGGCACGCUCUCAGGUCUCUACCUCCCCUCGUUCUCCACGAACUUGGUGGCAGGUAGUGCGCUCCAGGACGGGGGUGUUCACCAGUUCACCCCUGCCUACGAGCGUGUGACUCACUGCACGUGUGCUCGGACGGGCCGCCAUCUAGCUACUUUCACUCGAGAGCCGGGGUCUGACCUGUACACACUGACCACUGAGUCCCCUCAGGUAGCUGCGUCUGCGUCAGCGUCAGGUCAGCUGUCCGCCCCCUGCUCGUGUCGCUCUCUGGCGAACGACACCGUCCUCUGGCACCACCGCCUUGGUCACCCGUCUGUGCAGCGCCUGCGGGCCAUGCACAAACGGGACCUUGUUGCUGGUCUUCCCAGGGUGCUCCCUCCCCUUCCUGACUCCCCUGCUCCUGACUGCAUUCCCUGUGUCGAGGGGCGGCAGCGCGCCGCUCCUCACUCCUCCUCCUUUCCCCCGACGACAGCUCCCCUGCAGACGCUCCACAUGGACGUGUGGGGCCCAGCCCGCGUCCGUGGUCAGGGUCAGGAGAGAUACUUCCUGAUAGUUGUUGACGACUACUCGCGCUACACCACGGUCUUCCCCUUGCGCGCCAAGGGUGACGUCCCUGGUGUUUUGAUCCCCUGGAUCAGCCGAGCCCGUCUCCAGCUAGGCGAGCGCUUUCACUCGGACUUUCCUGUCCUGCGCUUGCACUCUGACAGAGGUGGUGAGUUUGCCUCCGACCUCUUGGCAGCCUACUGUGCUGAGCACGGCAUUGAGCAGUCGUACACGCUUCCGGCCUCUCCACAGCAGAAUGGGGUCGCUGAGCGCCGCAUUGGCUUGGUCAUGGAGGUCGCUCGUACCUCCCUGACCCAUGCGGCUGCUCCCCACUUUCUGUGGCCGUUUGCGGUCCGGUACGCAGCGCAUCAGCUCAACCUCUGGCCCCGUGUCUCCUUGCCGGAGACUUCCCCGACUCUACGGUGGACGGGAGAGGUUGGCGAUGCGUCGCGUUUCCGGGUCUGGGGAUCUCGAGCUUUUGUCCGCGAUACGUCCGCGGACAAGCUCUCGCGUCGCGCUGUUCCCUGUGUCUUUCUUGGCUUUGUUCCCGACGCGCCUGGAUGGCAGUUUUACCACGUCACCUCGCGCCGGGUUCUGGCCUCUCAGGACGUCACUUUUGACGAGUCCGUCCCCUUCUACCGCCUCUUCCCCUACCGCACUGCCCCGCUCCCCCCCCCGCCUCUCUUCCUCGCUCCAGGUGCUGAGGUACCAGACCCCCUCCCCCCUCAGGGUGCCGCUCCCUCAGGUGUGUCCCAGGUAGACCCGGGUGAGCCUGUCGAGGUAGCUGUUGACUCGCGUCCUGCGUCUGGGGGUGCUGAGCCUGGGAGUGCUGCGUCUGAGGGUGCGGAGCCUGGGGGUGCUGAGCCUGGAGGUGCGGAGCCUGGAGGUACGGAGCCUGGAGGUGCGGAGCCUGGAGGUACUGAGCCUGGGGGUGCUGAGCCUGGACGUGCUGAGACUGGGGGUGCUGAGUCUGGGGGUGCUGAGCCUGAGCGUGCUCCACCUGGAGGAGCCCUCUCCUCCCAGCAGCUGCAGGAGAGGUACCUCGAGUACUGCCGCCUCCGGAGAGGUGCUUCUGGAGCUCGUCCCGGUACUUCCCCUCCUACCCAGGAGCUCCCCCCCAUUCAGGUGAUCCGCGAGUGGUACACGCGGCGCUGCAGUCUUCGUAGUGGUGCUCCUGGUGCUGCGGACCCGAGCGGUGGUGCUGUUGCUGGUGCUGAGGACCCGGACGCUGGAGCUGCUGCUGGUGCUGAGGACCCGGGGGCUGGAGCUGCUGCUGGUGCUGAGGACCCGGGCGUUGGAGCUGCUGCUGGUGCUGAGGACCCGACCGGUGGCGCUGCUGCUGGUGCUGAGGACCUGACCAGUGGCCCUGCUGCUGGUGCUGAGGACCCGGGCGUUGGAGCUGCUGCUGGUGCUGAGGACCCGACCGGUGGCGCUGCUGCUGGUGCUGAGGACUCGGGCGUUGGAGCUCCUACUGGUGCUGAGGACCCGGGCGUUGGAGCUGCUGCUGGUGCUGAGGACUCGGGCGUUGGGGCUGCCACUGGUGUCCCUGCUGCUUCUGGAGACGCUGCGCGGCCGCGACCGUACUUCGUACCGCUCCUUCAGCAGGUUCUUGGUCAGGCUCCUCCUCCUAGUCCUCCUCCGUCAGUCGAGUGUCCUCUGCCUGUCCAGCCGCAGUCACAGUUACCGCCUGCCUCGCCUCUCCCUGCUCCCUCCCCUUACGCUGGUCCCACAGGAGGUCUUACAGAGCGUCGUGAGCCUGAGUCUCGUCCUGCGUCGCCUGUUCGUACUGCUCGCACUGGUCGUCGUGUCCCACGUGAGCGUCCUCCUCCUGUCCCUGGCACUCACUACAUGACUCUGCGUCCCUCCACUGCUCCGCAGCGUGUCCCGCUGCCGUCUCCUCCUGCGUCCUCUCUUCCUACUCUUCCUGACCCGGAGUCUGACUCCCGUCGUGCUGCCAGUCCCACUGUUACGCGUCUCCUCGCUACAGUUGUCACUGACCCGACCUUUGAGUCCUCUGCUGCGUCUGCUCUGGUCGCUGAGUUGGUUGACUUUGCUGCUCGCUGUCGCCUAGACUACGCUGCCAGCCUUGUCGCUAGACAGGAGGAGUUCCACUGCCUUGCUGCUGCUUUGCCCCGUCUCGUGUCCUUGCUAGUUGCCCCUGAGGGAGACCCGGAUGCACCAGACAUCCCGACCCCACGCUCUUACGCUGAGGCGAUGGCGGGUCCCUACUCCUCUCAGUGGCAGACAGCCAUGGACGCAGAGAUGGCCUCCUGGAAGUCCACAGGCACCUACGUAGACGAGGUUCCCCCUCCUGGGGCGAACAUCGUCAGUGGCAUGUGGAUUUUCAGGGUGAAGCGGCCGCCGGGUUCUCCACCUGUCUUCAAGGCGCGCUACGUGGCUCGAGGCUUCAGUCAGCGAGAGGGAGUAGACUUCUUUCAGACCUUCUCCCCCACCCCGAAGAUGACUACUCUUCGGGUGCUGCUGCACAUAGCCGCUCACCGCGACUACGAGCUUCACUCUCUUGACUUCAGCACUGCUUUCUUGCAGGGCAGCCUGCACGAGGAGAUCUGGCUGCGCCGCCCCCCUGGCUUCACUGGGUCAGUUCCUCCUGGCACCCAGUGGAGGCUUCAGCGGCCGGUCUACGGUCUCCGCCAGGCGCCACGUGAGUGGCACGACACACUGAGGACGACACUUGCGGCUCUUGGGUUCGCUCCCUCUACUGCUGACCCGUCGCUGUUUCUACGCACCGACACCUCGCUGCCGCCGUUCUACAUCCUCGUGUACGUCGACGACUUGGUCUUUGCCACUGCUGACACCGCGGCACUCGCUCACGUGAAGUCGGAGCUGCAGAGGAGACACACGUGCACAGACCUGGGUGAGCUGACGAGCUAUCUUGGCUUGCGGAUCACCCGGGACAGAGCACGGCGCACCAUCACCCUGACUCAGUCACACAUGGUGCAGCAGGUUCUCCAGCGCUUCCGCUUCACGUACUCCUCGCCUCAGUCCACUCCUCUGCCUACCGGUCACUCGCUCUCAGCUCUGCCUUCGGAUGAGUCCGUAGAGCCGAGUGGCCCGUAUCCAGAGCUUGUGGGCUGCCUCAUGUACCUGAUGACCUGCACUCGACCUGACCUUGCAUACCCUCUUAGCAUCCUAGCACGCUAUGUCGCUCCUGGCCGUCACCGGAAGGAGCACAUGGAUGCUGCUAAGAGGGUGUUGCGCUACUUGUGCAGUACGUCGGGCAUGGGGCUUGUGCUUGGAGGGCGAGACCGGGUUGUUCUCACAGGGCACUCAGACGCUUCUUGGGCAGACGACCAGGCUACUCAGCGGUCGUCCCAGGGUUACACCUUCAGUCUUGGCUCUGGCUCAGUUUCUUGGCGUUCUACUCGCUCUUCUUCUGUUCUCAGCUCCAGUUGUGAGGCUGAGAUCUACGCCACAGCCAUGGCUGCUCAGGAGCUACGCUGGCUGACCUACCUGCUGACCGACCUCGGAGAGCGGCCUCGUUCUCCUCCAGUGCUGUACGUCGACAACAAGGCUGCCAUUGCCUUGUGUGAGGAGCACAGACUGGAGCACAGAACGAAGCACAUCGCUCUGCGGUACUUCCUUGCUCGAGAGCUGCAGCAGCGUGGUCAGCUUUGUCUGCGUUACGUGGCCACGGAGGCCAACACUGCUGAUGUGUUCACCAAGGCGCUUCAGCCUUGUGACCAUUAG